AUGAAAUAUCACUAAUUGUCAAAUUGCUAUGUAGAAGCUAAAACAAAAGAAUAUCAGAAUAGGAGAUUUCUGCUAUAGUAACAUCUUGGUUCUGGCUCAGAAGGUGCAGCUUAUCUUGCUAAUGCCGAGAAUUGGGGCAAUAAUCCUUAAUAAGUUGUAAUUAAAAUACAAAAGAACAUGAAAGCUAAUGAGAGAGAUUUUCUAAUAAAACUAAUAUAAUACUAAAACUAGUACGAGAAUGGAAACAAUUUGCAAUAUUAACCAAGCCAACUAAUAAAAAUAUAUGACUUUUUUGAAUGGAAAGAAAAUCAAUGCAUUAUAAUGGAAGUUGGGUAAGAAAAUUUAUAUGAAUACAUUGGUAAUAAAAUGGAUUUAUCAAUGGAAUAAAGAGUAAAAAUUUGUUUUUAAAUCUGUCAACCAAUAUAUUUUUUACAUUCAUAGAAAUUAGUCCAUCGGGAUAUUAAACCUGAAAAUUACAGUAAGGUAGGAGACAUUUUUAAACUUAUUGACUUUGGCUUGAUUAGGGGUUCCAUAUCUGACAACAAAACAUAAUAAGUUAGUAGUGCCAUUUUUCAAGCACCAGAAAUUUUAGAAAAUAGUAGUUCAUAUACAGAAAAAGUUGACAUCUGGUCUUUGGGCUGCGUUUUUUAUGAAAUAUUAUCAACUUAACCAUUAUUUGAUGUAAGUUCUGACUAGUAUAAGGAAUCAUAAAAAUUAGCCAUUUAUUACUAAUAAUAAAAUCAAAAACUUAAAAAUUUCAUCAGAUGUUAAGGAAAUUUUAAUUAAAAUGAUCUAGUAUCAAGAUCAUGCUCGACCUACAAUAGAAUGGGUUUAUUUACAAUUCCAACAAUAUUACAAAAAUAACGUCCAGAAUUCAGCUCUUAAUCAAUAACAAAUAGGUACACCUGGUUUCCUCAAAUUUAAUGUAAUCCUUAACCUUCAAACUAAAUACUACCUUCAUCGUAAAUUUCAAUAUAAAAUUCCCUUCCAAAUUAACCUCCAUAAGAUAACCAGAAAAUAACAUUAGAAUAAAUAUUUUCUAAACUAAAUUUAUUAGAAAAUCAAGUAAAAGAAAAAGAUAACCAAAUUUAAGCCUUAAGCUAAAAUCUAGAAAAUAUUGUAUAUUUAUAAUAAGUGGAGAAAGACAAUUAAAAAUAAUAAUUAUAGAGGAAUUUAGAUGAAUAAAAUAAAUAGAAUUUGAAUCAAAUAGACUCCCUAAAAUAAUAAGUAAACUAAGAGAAACUUAAUUAGAACAUUAUCUUAGAAGAGAAAUUAAAAUAAUUUGAAUAACAAAUAACUGCAUAAUAGACUAAAAUUUAAGAGAUUGAUAAAAGAUCUCUCAGCAAGUCGGAUUUGAAUUUUUAAAACCAAAAAGUAGUUACAGAAUAACAAAAUUUAAAAAGCAAAUAAGAAGAUAAAUAUAAAUUAGAAUUAACAAAAGCAAUUUCAGAAUAAGAAACUAAAUAUAAAGUAGAAUUAAAAACAGUAAUUUAAGAAUAAGAAGAUAAAUAUAAAGAAGCAUUAAAAAAAGAAAUUUCAGAAUAAAAUUUCUAAAUUUAAAAAAUAUUUAACAUUCAACAUGUUGAAAUCAAGUAAAAUUUCGAUGAAUAAUUAAACUCACUUAAUUAAAAGUAAUUGUGCUAAAUUGAACCUUAUAGUAAAAUAGAAUAAGGAAAAUUAAUUAUGGAAAUUAAAACUAUUGUUGAUGAAAGGGAGUAUUACAAAAUAAAAGUCAAUUCUCUUUCAUAGAAGAUUCAAUUAAUAGAAUAGGAAUUUAAUAAAGAAAAAUUAUAAUUAACUGAAAGCAAUAAUGUAAUCGAAAAUAGUAAUAAGGAUGUUACUGAAUAAUUAUUUGAUUUAUAAAAUAAAUUAGAAAAACAAUAUGCAAUUUUUGGUUUGUAAACAAUAUAAAUAAAAUAAUAUGAAGAAAGUAGCAUAAAAGAAAAUAAAAGUUUGAAAUAAAAGUUAGAAAACUUGUAAAAGUAAACUUAAGAAGUCAAAUUAAGGCAAAGUAAGGAAGAUGAUGAGCUUCAUAAAACAAUAAAUGAUCUUAAAGAAAAACAUAAAGAAUAGAAUUUAAAAAUCUCAACUCAAAAUUAAACAUUAUAAGAAUUCUAAUAGCAAAUUUAAUCUUUGUAAAAUCAACUAAAUUAAGCAAAACUACCUUUAAAUCAAGUUAAAGCCCUAACCUAUUUCUUUAGAAAGACUUAAAAUAUAAAGGAAUUUUCUAAUAACAAUUCGAAAGAAAUCUCGGAAUUAUAAACAUCUAUAAAAGAUUCUUGUUGA